AUUCUUCUGAACUAAUUUUUCUCUUUUUAGAUUCCCAAAUGCAGCUAUGGAGGUACGAGCUGAACAAGCUCUUCGAGCAAUUCGCUAUGUUCGUCGCCGCUCUAGUCCACCUAUUCCUGAAAACUUAAGGGCCAUGGGAGACAUUACACUGUCGCCAACAUGGCAAAAUCGUCUGAUGCAUUGCACAGAUGAUGUCGAAGCUCCAUUUUUUAACGGCAACUUGGAAUUUAUAGAAAAUGGACAAAUUACUUUUGGGGGACUGAUAUUUUCAAAUUUGCAGUUUUUGCAAAGGUUUGCUCCAUAUGUCUACCAAUCACGAGUUCUAGCUGUAGACGGAACUUUUGGCGUCAUACCACGAGCUCCUGGUGAUGCCCAACAACUGGUGACAAUUCAUGUUGUCUUGGAUAAUAUCUCAGUUCCUGUGGUAUACGCUCUGUUAAAUCGCAGGACGGAGAAUAUUUAUAUGAGGCUUUGGCAAUUCCUGAGAAAUGAUUUUCCUCAGGGAAUAUUAAAUUGGGAAAACAUAAAUAUUGUUGCCGACUUUGAAACUGCCUUGCGCAACGCUGUUCAAAGGGUAAUUCCGGAAUGUCGGCUGGUCGGUUGUUGGUUCCAUUUCAGCCAGGUAUGCCUACUAAUUUAAAGUCUGUUAUAAUGUAUUCAAUUUUAAUACCAAUGUUGUUUUAUGUUAACUGUAUAUAACAUAUUCAAACACUAUAAUU